CCCUUUCUUACACCCACGCACGUACUCCUAUCCCCUUCUCCCCCCCGGCACAGUGAGGUCAAGGUGUUAGAAGGUACUGAUCGACGAAAUCGGCGAUGAGAGGCCGAUAGAGUUCUGCAAGGGCCUUGCCGAUCUUCUUUAGAUCCGGGAUGCUCGAUGGAUCAUCCAUUUUCUCGAGCGCAGCAUAUACGUGUGACGGUGCACGGCCCACGCUCCUCCCGCUUUUGUCAGCGCUGCACUGCACACGGAGGUACUGCUGGGGCACGCCCUCGUUUGAGAAGGCAACGUCGAGAUUGAAAUGUGCCAGAAUGGACGAGGAAGCCAUUAGUGCGUCGAUAAUGUUGCCCUUGGCCUCUCGGAAGUUCCACUUGUCGGCUCCCAGCCAGUCGGCUGCACUAUGAGUCUUUGCAGCUUCUUCGACUCCCUUUUCGCGGAAAGAGACGCCCACCCCGAUGCUCAGGACCGCGUGAUGCGCAAGUGUCAGGUUGGUGAAGAAGUCCUUGUGUUUGGCGAAGAAGUUUUUGUCUUUCUCGCUCAUUUCUUCUUCCUCCACAAUCUCCGCACCCAGCGCUAAUAGAAGUCUAAACAACUUCCCCUGUGUAUACAAAUAGUUCAAAGCUUGCAUGGCCGGGUCGUUUGCCACAAUACCGCCAUCACACGCCACCAAAUCCGCUGUUCUCUCCGCUUUUUGGGGAGCUGGAGGUCGCUGAAAGAAGUUGCGGAUGCGGGCGGGCUUGAAGAACGUGGGAGCGGCGGUGCUACAGCGACAGAUCUCCCAGAGCUCCACGUCUGGCUUCGUCCACCAGUAGCGUGCAGUCUCUGGCUUAUUCCUGCACAACCCCAGAGGCAGCUCAGCAUCUCCAAGUCUCGUCAGAUUGCCGGCAUCACCGUAAACUUCUCUGAUAAUGGGGUCAUUCUUCAGCUUCUGGAAGCGGUUCCACAGAAGGUUCCAUCGAUAGUCCGGCACACCCUGAGCCAGCGCACGAUCGUGGUAGGGAAAAGUGAAGUGGUCCAGACGUAUGAAUGAGGCUUUGGGUCGGAGCCGAUCACCAACGAAGGCGACAGGGCGCCUAAAGACCAUAUCGUACGCUGUAACGAAGAGAGUGGGGCCUUUCCAGUCUCCUCUCUCCGGUCUCUUCGGGGUCGCACUGAUAAACUCUUCAAGAGUGGUGCAAUUAGGAUGCAUUGCCGCCUGCAGCGCUUUCUCCAAUCCAUCUGCAUCAUGCUUCGGCCCAACAAACACCCACGGUCGCCGAACCGACCGAAGCCUGACUUUGGGGAAGAUCUUGUCGGCCAUCGCUUCAUACAUCUCUGAGGCGCUGGCUGCACUACCAUUCAGUACAAUCCUGGUGCCGGGAAAGGUGGUCGCCUCGGUGUUCUUGCCGCAAUACGCCGAAAGGUAUGUCGCAAGGAUGGCUCCGGUUGAAGUCCCGGCGAUGACGUCAAAGCAUUCACCAAUCGUCAGGUCGGUUAUGUUCGAUUGCCUCCGAAGUUCAUCCUCCAGAACUCCCAGCACACACGCCGCAACGAUUCCACGCACGCCGCCACCAUCGAGUGCCAGGAUUGUUCGCUUCCUUUCCCGCUCGAGGCUCCAGCACCAGGGCCUUUUCAGUGCAUUGGGAGGCAGCAGAGGAUCCACGCUCGCUGGGCCGGGCGCCAUCUGCAUGCUCAAUGUACCCUUGACAGCACGGUGCGGACCCUGAGUGAUCACAAACAGACGACACAGCUUGUGUAUGCGUUCUUGCUAUAUCUUUUUUGGUCCUUUCUGACCCGCAGUCUCGUCUGCAGUCCUCCUCCUGAAGCAGGCCUAAUGACGAGGGAGCCCUGGAUAAGGACGGUCACAGCUGCAGCAAACCACCUCAUUUCAGCAACGGCACGACCACUGAGCAGUAGUCAUAUAAAAGGGAUUUUUGACGUGAGCGAAGCGAGUGUCGAAAAAAAUCCUUCUAUCGGAGGGAAACCCCAAGCGUAUGAAACCCUGUGGGAUUUUUUCUGUAGCUGAUUCCGUUGCGGUUCUGCUCGACACGUCAAGACAAGUCAAGACGUCAUUUGCCGUCCCGUUGCGUGUGCUGCAGCAGAUCUCGAGGUGGCUCUUCCGAUCUCAAGCACGCUCCCAACCAUCAUUCACAGGCAGUCAGAGUCAGCGCAUCAGUGAGUAAAGCCAAUGGGCGCGGUGAGCGCUUCUACGGAAGGGAAUCUCUCCCAACCAACCUCACUGACUCGCCUUGCUUCAGUGUGUCAAGCUACAUAGCUUGGAAGCGAACAGAGAACAACGG